AUGAAGUUCGACGAGUUUUUGUUCACCUAUCUUGGUGAGAUGGGGAGAUACCAAAAAAUGCAAUUCUUACUGGUGUGUUUUCCGACUAUCAUCGUAUCAAUGCAUGCGGUUAGCUGGUCGCUAGCCUCUGUUCCUGUUCCCUUUCGGCAAUGUUAUUACAAUGAAGAUUGUAAGCUGGAUGGUGCGGAAUGUGAAACUCACGUAUAUGAUCGUUCCCGUGUAAAGUAUUCAGCUGUGGAACGGUGGGAAAUCACAUGUUCUCGUGGAAACAUACGUGCAACCGUACAAGCUUGCUAUUACAUAGGCCAGAUGAUCGGUUCGAUGGUGUUUGGAAUGUUAGGCGACAGGAUUGGUCGAAAGAAAGUGUUUAUUAUUGCUAUUUUCUUGCAAAUCACGUGUGGGUUUGCCGUUGUUGGGGUUCCAACAUGGUGGUUGUUUGCGCUUUUCCGUGCUGGCCUUGGCUUUUCACAUCCUGGUAUCUUUGUCAUAGCUGUUGUCAUUGGAACAGAAUUGGUCGGCCCAAAAUACAGGAAACUGGCAGCUGUUAUCACCGGUGGAUUUUUUUCUGUUGGACAGUUUCUUCUUGCCGUUGAAGGCUAUUUCAUCACGGAUUAUCGGUACUUGCAGCUAGCAAUCGUUUCUCCGGCUGUAAUAUUCCUCAGCUAUUAUUGGUGA